GAACCAAGCUUUACAUUUUCAUCCCCGAGGUAGAUUCAUUCCUCUCUUCGAUUUCGACCCAUCAAUUCAAAGCUCCAUCUUCCUCACUCAGAUCUCUCUCUCUCUCUCUCUCUCUCUCACUUCACUCUCCACUGUCGCCAUCGCCAAAAACCACCGACGCUCACUACCAGACACAGGGAAAGCGAAACGAGCGAGAGUGGAAAGUGGGGGAAAAGUUAAAAAGGCUCGCUCUGCUUAUAUCAACGCGGCGCAAUAAUGGUGGCGGCUCUCGUCUCGCCUGAUUCGAUACAUGAGAACUGAGACACUGAGAUAUAUAGGUAGAUGCCGAGGUAGAUAGGGGAAUUUUUCCAGAUUGGAGGGGAAAAUGUCGAGGAGAUCAGGAGCUUGCUUGAGGUGUUGCUUGGUGAUAUUCGCGGUGGUUUCGGCUCUGGCGGUCUGCGGGCCAGCAAUCUAUUGGAGAUUCAAGAAGACGAUGAGGUUGUCUGAUUCCAAAGCUUCUUCCUGCCCUCCUUGUGCCUGUGAUUGCCCGCCUCCUCUGUCUCUUCUCAAGAUUGCUCCAGGGUUGGCCAAUCUCUCAGUCACAGAUUGCGGGAGCAGCGAUCCAGAACUGAAAAAGGAGAUGGAGAAGCAGUUUGUGGACCUGCUGACGGAGGAGCUGAAGCUGCAAGAAGCCGUGGCUUUAGAACACGCUCACCAUGUGAACAUCACAUUCGGCGAGGCAAAGAGGGUGGCGACUCAGUACCAGAAAGAAGCCGAGAAGUGCAUCGCUGCCACAGAAACUUGCGAGGGUUCCAGGGAAAGGGCUGAGGCGCUGUUGCGUCGGGAGAGGAAGAUCACUGCUUUGUGGGAGCGAAGGGCCCGCCAAGUUGGCUGGGAAGGAGAGUAACUGUAGUUUAUCGCCAACACAGAAGGAGAAGAACCAUCUAUAGCAGUCACAACAAUAGUUCAUUGUUGCAUCAAUUUUUUUCCUUGCAUAAAGAACGUAACCUUCUACCAGUCCCUCCCAAGCCAUACAAAUAUGGAAAUGCAAGUAGUGGGAGGCAGCAGGGUUUGGUAAGCACUGUAUUGGUGUAUCUAUGGUAUAUGGUUUUGUUUUUGUAAAAGAGAGAUUUUUUGGGAUUUUCAGCUACGAAACCAUUUUAUUGUUGAUAGGGCAAAAAAGACCCUGCAAAGCCAUUUGGUUUACUAUAGUUUAAUAUUGACCUCAAUCUUGGAUGAUAUGUGUUGAAGGU